UCCCCCGGCGUCGUUGGAGCUGCUCGGCUGCCUGCAAUCCAACAUGGAGUAGAGACAGAGAUGGGGCUCUAGCGGGGCCACCCCUCGGUAACAACAGCGACGACGCGCUUUUUACGCACAACUGGAACCGGGGUCGUCGGUAAAAACAUGCGCCUUAGGACAUAGAAUUGGAGCGUGUCCGUGUGUGUGUACGUGCGUGCGCGUGUAUGUUUGGGGAGCGAGGAGAAGAGCUGGAUUUGGCUGCUAAAUUGUCUCCAUGGGAAACAUUCUCCACUGAAGGCGAUGGCUUAUUAAAGUUAUAGAAAAGGGACGUUUGCGAUCCGGUAGAACCCGCGGUGGAAAAGGAGGAGACGCGGACGGAGGCGCAGCCAGUCGAAAGCGAACCCAAGAGCCGACACUCGCACAAAGGCGCAGGGGGGAUUUGUACGGAAUUGGAGACAAAUCGGAGGAGCCACGGCGAAAGAAUGACGAGCGAAAAGUAUGCAACCGCCGUGGUCCAUUACCUGAGGUGAAGCGAGAAAAUGAUAGAAGAAACACACCCAAACGAUGACAGCUACAUCGUGCGUGUGAAAGCGGUGGUGAUGACGCGGGACGACUCGAGCGGCGGCUGGUUGGCCCAGGACGGAGGCGCUCUGAGCCGGGUCGGGGUGUGCCGCCUGCUGCCGCCGGAGCUGGCGCCGGUGCCGAGCUCCAGCAGCUCGCAGUUCCUCAUCCGCGGCGAACGCCUGCGCGAUAAACAGGUGAUCCUGGACUACCCGCUGAGGAAGGACCUGGUGUACAACAUAGCCACGCCCACGUUCCACCACUGGAAGGUGGAGGACCGGCGGUGCGGGCUGUCCUUCCAGAGUCCGGCCGAUGCCAGAGCUUUCGACAGAGGAGUUCAGAAAGCGAUCGAGGACCUGGCUGAAGGCUCCACGACCUCCUCCACAGCACUCCAGAACGAGGGCGAGCUGGGCGACGACGACGUCUUCACCAACACCACCGACAGCUCGUCCAACUCCUCCCAGAAGCUGGAGAGCUCCCUGCAGCCGCUCGAGUCCUCGCCGCUUCCGCAGAGACACAAGUGUGUGCCGGGACAGCGCCACAACCUCCACGACCCCUAUCGGCUCACAGACCACUACCUACUGGACCAGCCGUUGUCCCGGCUUCCGCGCCACGUCACCUUCCAGGAAGACGAGGAAAUCGUGCGGAUCAACCCUCGCGAGCGCAGCUGGGAGCUGAGCGCCGAGCGCCACCAUGGGCGCCCGUCGGACCGGUCCUGGCUCACGGGCUACGAGGACUACCGGCACGCCACGGUGCGCAUCCAGAUGGACCGGGCCGAGUCGCAGAAGCACGACUACACGUACCCGCUGGCCCCGGCGCUGUCGUCCUCCGACUCGGACCCCGCCCUCGGGCCCCUGACCGCCAAGGGCCACGGCGGCUCGUAUCACCACGGCGGCUCGUCGGCGGUGUCCAAUCAGCCGCGCUCCUUCCUCCCGAGCUCCUCCCUCUCCUCCAGCGGCGGGAAGGGCCGCAAGCAGAACGGGACGCAGCGCGCCCACUGCGAGCACUGCGGCGAGGCCUUCUACGUGGCCGACAACCGCAGGGGCCGGUGCCAGGACGCGCCCGACCCGGUGCGGGCCUGCAUCCGGCGCGCCAGCUGCAUGUGGCUGGCGGACACCAUGCUGUACCACUGCAUGUCGGACCCCGAGGGCGACUACUCGGACCCCUGCUCCUGCGACGGCGCCGAGGGCGGCGGGCGCCUGGGCUCGCGCUGGCUGGCGCUGCUGGGCCUGUCGCUGGUGGCGCCGUGCCUCUGCCUCUACCCGCCGCUCCACGCCUGCCACCGGCUCGGCCUGCUGUGCGGCUGCUGCGGAGGGCGACACAAGGCGCAGAGCUGAGCGCGGCCCCGGGAAGAGGAGGCGGGCGGGGGGCGCUCGCUCUCCGGCCUCGGCUUCUCUACAAAUUCCAGACACUGAAAUCAGCCAAAAACAAACUCGGUGCAUUUUGUGAACGGCCUGGGAAGAUAAGCUCCCCUCACGGCACACCGUUCUCCCAGCGCUCCACGUGGCCAUUUCAUGCUCUGUUUCUAGUGAGAGAGCGCUGUUUUUUCAGGGGGCCUCUUUUUUUAUAGCUGACCUACAUGUUGUGUAUCACAUAUGCAGGUACUUUAUACUUUGUACACUGACUCAGCGUCAAAGAACUUGAAUCGUUUGUUCUCUCUCUCCUUUGAUUUACGCGCGGCCAUUUUGUUUAUAUUCUAUUCCAGAACCGGGCCCACUCAGCUCAGCUCCAGCUACGAGAGAAAUCAGACACUAAACCUCUGCGCGUGUUUGUGAUUGUGUGUGUGGAUGGUUCCUAGUCAUACGUAUGCCUUUGUUUUUCUGGUGUGUGCAUACGGUCCAAAUAGCUCCCACCACUCACGUCCCAUUCCUGGUUCACGCAUCAAAUAUCCCAAAGAGUCGUUGUUUUCUCCUCCAGCAAACAGGUGCUGGGUAGCGAUUCGCCCACUACAGCAGACGGAGCCUCUGAUCGCGCUGUGAAGCUGCAGCAUCCGCCCUAAACUGCCACCAAAGUCACCCCGUCAGCGCUCAAAUCACACUUGAAGGCUCAGUCCUGGUCCUCAGCAGUCAGCGUCACGUAGAGCUGCAACACUAAAGCGUUCAACUCGGUGCCCGUCACGCCUUAAAGGUGGAGUCUGGGUCCUGACUUCACCCUCUGAAGAUGUCUGCUAUGAGGAAGUCAUGGGCAUCGCUACGGCUUCGAGCAAUCAGCCUCUUGGAAACUUGCUCCAAACUAUUUUUGUAUUGAAACGUCCCCAGUGAAGAUUUGCCUGCGAAGUACAAUCAGCUCCUCUCUCUCCUCCCUAGAACCCUCAUACGUUAAGGUGCAGCACAUGAAGGUUACGUCACAGCCGAUACAAUAACUUUGUUAGGACUAAAUGUCACCAAAAUAUAAAUACGUGACUGUUGACGUUCAAUAAUCUUGUUUCAAAGACAAUCCGACACGGGAUUCUCGCGCUGAAGGCGUCGUUUGACCUUUAGUUGCUGUCGUGCUGAGAGUUGGGUCGAUGCCACUCGUGUCUGUGCGUUAAAUAGGAUGCCCAGCGUUUUCACAGGUGUAAAAGCUACAGGUUGUGUUUUAAAAGACAUGUAACUGGUUGCUAUGAAGGUAAGUUUGAAUUGUGGAGCUUUGACAACCUCUCAGUAACAAUCUCUUAGUGUCACUCGUCCUUUAACCGUAACAUGAGACUGCGCUCGUCUUCCCGGUCCCACAUCAUAUUUCCAUUUUUGCCACAUUUUCGACAUCCUCAUGUCUACGAAAUAACGUCAGGCAUUUGACAGAGAGUUUAGGGCCCCAGUGGCCCCAGCGUCUGUGUAGGCGAGGGCCUCGGAGGAGAACCGUCCGGAACCAGAACCUUCACACCGACAGUGCUCUGCUGCUUCAUGCCCGUGUCUGCAGCAUCAGGGACGUGAUUGAGAGGAGGAUAUUUUUUUUACCCAUUAUUAAAUAAAGGGGAAGCGGGAAGCUGGCAGGAUCUUGCUCACAAAAGAGCAGGAGUCUAAAAAAACUGCUGAAAUCCUGGAAACGAACACCCAUCCCUGAUUGUUUAGCCAAGGAAACGUCAUUUACUGUAGUUGAAAUGCAGAAGGCAUGAGGAUGUCCUCUUUCCUCCCCCUGUCUGUUUCAUGCAUCCUGUCCUGUACCCUUUUUAUUUGUCCUUUUUAGUGUGCGUGCGUGCGUGCGUCCGUGUGUUGCUAUUGCGUCCGUUUCCCCUCCCCUGCUCCUUGAUCCAUCGCUACUGGUGUCAGCUGGACCCAUGGGACCCAGUACUGACACCUGCCCAGUCUGACCGCAGGCUUUGAUGAGGCGGCGUGUUGGGGGCGGGGCCAAUCAGAUCGAGCGCCGUGCGUUUCUGUGCGAGUGUGUGCGUUGAGGGUCAAAUCUGUUUUCUGUCUUGUCUGGUGUUCUCACGUCAGAGCCAUUUACAAGUGCCUGAACGCAUCCUCUUUAUCUGCUUGUGUAUUUAAAUUGAAAAUGUAAAAAAUGACUCCCUGUAUUGUAUUAGACCCAUUUUUUACGCUUAGUAUUUUUACCUCUGUAAAAAUAGAGCAAAAAUUAUAUUAUAUCAAUGUAUGUUGUACAUUUUUAUUUCUAUAUUUUUUUUAAACUAAUUCUAACAUGUACGAUGGAUGUAGCUCUUGUCUUCGAGAAGGAUCAGGAAGUACUCUGUAGAUACUGAAUCGUGGUCAGGUUUGUGAGAAAACUAAAGUGAAAUGUGUGUCUUACCUUCCGCCUCCAAUAAAAAAAGAGAGAAAACGGUGAAACCA